AUGCUGAAGAGAACAGUGACAGCUUCUCUAUACAAGCGGUGCCUGUCUUCGAUCCGCAACAACGGUACGCAACGCCUCGGUUUCUGCACUUACGGUCCCGACGCCUCCCAGCCGCUCGAUGCUAUGCACGACGUACCGGUCACUUUUGACGAAGAGAACCUCAAGUUCAUCGUGUGUCCGGUGACCAAAAAGCCUCUCCGAUACGACAGUGCCAAGAACGUGCUUAUAUCCGAUGAACUGGGCAAGGCUUUUCCCAUACAAAACGGUAUUCCGAACUUGCUUCCCGACAGCGCGAAACCACUCGACGAGCUGUAG